UCAUGGCACUGCAAAUCAUUAUGCGCCAUUCCCCGUAAAACCCCCGUUCCUACACACCGACGAGCUGCUGUUCACCGGUUUAUCAUAUGAACUCCAAAGUUCAGUCAAGAGACGUGAAUGAGGAGGAAGGACGGAGCUGAGGGAGGGAUGAUAACGAUCCAUUUCCAAUUCCAACCUGUCUCACUCAUUUUCGGAUUCCUGAGCGGAAAACGGCUUGGAAGAGGAUUUUACUGAGCGUCUAUCUCUUACAAUAUUUGGAUUUUGAACAACAUACAUCAACUGACAAAAGAAACACUGACCAGCACAGAAGAUUGCCUCUUGUUUCUGCAACUGGUGUAACCAGAGCAAAGUGAGACACAAGAAACAAAAGGCUUCAAUCUAAUGGCCAGACAAGCAACAGCUGUGCAGAAUGGGACUGGAUAUAGAAGACUUCAUCUCACCUAACAUGAUGGAAUCUGGUCUAUCACCUUUUGCAGACUUCCUGGACCUCAACCCCAACAGCUAUAUCAACAAUAGCAACAGAAGCUGGAGCAACCAUCUGUAUGGUGAUGAUCCAAGGCUCAACGAAACCGAGACCCUUCAUUACCCACUCCAUACUCCAACAAUACUCCUUGGAGUAUUGUUGGGUCUCUUAUCGCUCCUCACCAUCAUAAUGAACCUGCUUGUCCUCUAUGCAGUGAAGAAAGAAAAAACUCUCCACACGGUGGGAAACCUGUACAUUGUUAGUCUGUCAGUGGCAGAUCUGAUUGUGGGAACGACAGUUAUGCCCCUGAACUUGAUGUAUCUGCUGGAGGAUGAGUGGAGUCUGGGGCGAGCCGUGUGCCAGUUUUGGCUGAUCAUGGAUUAUGUGGCCAGUACAGCAUCAAUUUUUAGCUUGUUUAUACUAUGUUUGGAUCGGUACCGCUCAGUCAGACAACCUCUGAAAUACCUAAAGUAUCGAACACGGGGAAAAGCGAGCUUGAUGAUCUCUGGGGCUUGGCUACUUUCAAUGAUGUGGAUAAUUCCUAUUUUAGGAUGGAGGUCGUUCACACAUGUGGACCUUAAACCUGAGGAGGAGAACAAAUGUGACACAGACUUUCGCUUUGUUACGUGGUUCAAGGUGAUAACAGCGGUUUUCAACUUCUAUGUACCCUCAAUUUUGAUGUUGUGGUUUUACACACACAUCUACUUGGCGGUGAGGCAGCAUCUACGAGACAGAGAGAGAAUCAUUCAUCCAGCAGAUUCAUUUGGAGAAAAUGAGAAUGGAGGCAAUGCCCCAAGCCCUAAAAAAAAUUACUCCAAAUCCCUCGGGAAUGAGACGGAGGUUUCCCUCAAACAACUAAAAAAAGACAGACUGCUAGAUCAGAACACUCUAGCUCAAACAUAUUCACUUGAAGAUGGUGAGAAAACUAAAUCUGCUUCUUUUAGAACUCACAGAAAAAUAGGCGUAAAGUGCCAACAGACGUCACUUCUUUCCAUGACAACAAAGAGGCUCAGAAUGGCACGGAGGGGUAAAACAUGCUCCUUGUCGCCUGAAGAGAGGCAGCCAGGACCAGAGCUUCCCCUGAGCCAGUCGUCUGCGCCACAGGAUAUGACAUGCUCAGGUGGAAACAAUGAGAACAAACAUCAAGCCUCUCUCAAUGAAUGCCAUGUCACAGUGACAAACUCUGUGAGUGGAGUUUGCGGUAUCAGUCCAGUGUCAGAUGUGCAAAGGUACACAGAUGUGCUCUGCAACAGCUACGACCCCAGUCAGGCACUACCGUGGCCCGAGGAAGGAGUCGAGGACACCAAAAUAGACUCUGAUAAUGGAGUGACUCUGAAACAAGCAUGGCACAGGUUUAUAGACCAAUCACGACAUCGAAUUCAAAGUCUGAGGAUUCAUAAGGAGCACAAAGCUGCCAAGCAGUUAGGUUUCAUAAUCGCUGCUUUCUUACUGUGUUGGAUUCCUUAUUUCAUAGUUUUCAUGGUCAUGGCUUUCUGCCCAGAGUGUGUACACCACGAUCUUCACAUGUUCACCAUUUGGCUUGGUUACAUUAAUUCCACUCUAAACCCGUUCAUAUACCCACUCUGCAAUGGAAACUUUAAACGUGUUUUCAAAAAUAUUCUCAAGAUCAAUUUGUGACUGCAAGAGCAUAGAGUCACACAAAUUCUGAGCUCUUCAAAUGUUACCAAUAAUAAUAGAUAAUACAAAAAGAAGUUGGUGGUCUUGAUUGUGUUUUUAUUGUUGAUAAAGUAAAAACAUAUUUUGGGUGGCAGCUUGUUUUGUACAUUAAGUCUCAGAUUUUAUUUUUGUAACUUGCAGUUUUACAAAGAGUCUUUUAGAGUAUAAUGUUAUUUAUUUUUGUCUGUUUUGCUGAUAUUAUUGCACUGUGUCCAGAGAUAAAGGAAUUCAUUCUUAGGAGCAGAAGUUGGAUUUUCUUAAAGUUUGUUUCUAUUGAGUCUAAAACUAUUGUCUAAAUCUUAAUGUAAGUCAGUUCCCUAAAAAAAAAUACAUACAGCUCAUGAUAACACUACUCUCCUUUGGUCAGACCCAUGCUCAUUAUUAGUCAAUGACUCAAUGCAAUCAGUCAUCUUUUGUUGUAAAGUGGUUGUUGAGGAGGAGGUAUUGCUGCAAAGUUGAUCACUCAAUACAAUUGGAUGGCCUUCCUUAGGUAGGAAAUUUUUUACCAGUUGACAUGAUAAACUGAACUGCACUGUAUUAUAUUUUGGACUGAACUGUAAUGUAUCCAACUGGAUUUAAACUGUGAUUUAUGAUUAAGAUCUGUUUGUCUUUAAAGAAUCUUGAGAUGAUAU